UAAAUUGUAGGGCCUGAGUGGUUUUUCCUCCCUCUAUAUAUUUCCAUCUCCACAGACCUCUUGCCCUAACUACGGGCGAUCCAAACAGAGGCGAGAAAGCGAGAGAACAGUGAGAAAGUUUUUAGGGUUUCAGCUAAACCCUUCAGUAAAUAGUUCCUAGGGCUCCUUUGGAUCCGGAGAGGAAAGCUCUGGAAACGGGUUGAAGAAGGAAACUCUUUUGGAAUAUUUGAAACAAUGUCUCGUGUCUAUGUGGGAAAUUUGGAUCCACGAGUUACUGAGCGAGAACUUGAAGAUGAGUUUCGUGUUUUUGGAGUUAUAAGGAGUGUCUGGGUUGCACGCAGACCACCAGGCUAUGCUUUUAUCGACUUUGAUGACCGUAGAGAUGCACAAGAUGCAAUUCGUGAAUUAGAUGGUAAAAAUGGCUGGAGAGUUGAGCUUUCUCAUAACUCUAGAGGUGGGGGUGGUGGUGGUCGUGGAGGAGGUCGUGGUCGAUCUGGUGGUUCUGAUUUGAAAUGCUACGAGUGUGGUGAACCUGGUCAUUUUGCCCGUGAAUGCCGUUUGCGUGGUGGUUCUGGAAGACGUCGCAGUCGCAGCCCUAGGUACCGCAGGAGCCCAAGUUAUGGUCGUAGCAGGAGUUACAGUCCCCGCGGGCGAUCCCCAAGACGCCGCAGUUUGUCUCCUCGUGGGCGCAGCUAUAGCAGGUCACCAGGAUAUCGUGGACGUGAGGAAUUGCCAUAUGCCAAUGGAAAUGGUCUUAGAGAGCGACGCAGAAGCAGAAGCUGAGUUUUGCAAGCUCGGUGACUUGACUAUUGAGGGGAAUACUGGGCAUUUAAGUGUGUUAGUUUGGUUGGCUUCAUUACAACUAUGUUUAAUUCGGGCGUCGCCCUCAGCCUCGACUCUUGGAUUUGGAUAAGUUUCUACCUUUCUUGAUUAUUAAGUUCGUUAUCUUUUUCUUUAAUCAACACUAGUUUCUUUUUAUAAGCCUUAAGCUUUUAAGGAUUUUUAAGGUCAAUUUCUAUAAAUCUAGUGAAGUUAAAACCAAAUAUGAAGAACAAUGCUAAAGAUUUAUGCUUUUCUC